UAGCUAGUUGCAGGUACGCAGCAUAUCACUACAGACCUGAGCACCAGGAACCUGACGGUACAACUAUGUGUGCAGCAAAAGGCAAGAAACAAACUUCUCUUAAAGGUCUGCUACUUGUGACACUUCUAGUCUUUUCCAAUUUAAUCAAGAAAAAAGGAGUUUCCUCAUUACCCAUCUGUGCCAAUGGGAGUACCAACUGUCACCAGAUCCCCUUGGAUGACUUGUUCGAGCGUGUAGUGAAACUUGCACACCGUAUACACUCUCUUACCUCUGAUAUGUUUAAUGAAUUUGAUGAACGUUAUGCUCAAGGCCGAGGCUUCAUUUCUCGUGCAAUAAACAACUGUCAUACCUCAUCACUGACGACUCCAGAAGAUAAGGAACAAGCACAGAAAUUUCAUCAUGAUGACCUCUUGCGGCUAGUAAUGAAGGUACUCCGCUCGUGGAAUGACCCUCUGCUUCAACUAGUCUCUGACGUACAAGGAAUUGGAGAGGCACCUGGCACCAUCCUGUGGAAGGUAACAGAAGUAGAAGACCAAACAAAGCAGCUCAUUGAAGGAAUGGAGAAGAUUCUAUCAAGGAUGCAUCCAAACGGACUGGACAAUGAAGUUCUCUCACUGUGGCAGAGUCCCUUAGCUAUGGCGAUGGAAGAAGAUGGGGAGGAUUCCAAGCUGUUUGCCUUCUACAAUCUGCUACAUUGUUUCCGAAGGGAUUCCCACAAGAUUGACAGCUACCUGAAGUUACUGAGAUGUCGUCUUUUUCAUGAAGGAGGAUGCUAAAAUGCAGACGGUGCUAUUAUGCGGCUGGGAAAUAAAGGGAAAAAAAUGAAAACAAGAUAACAAAAAGCAUUAAAACAUUUUAUUAUAGAAAAUGAAAUGUUAAAUAUGAAAAUAUUUUAUAGCAACCAUUAUGCAAUCUCAAUUUCUUGUAGACUAGAAAGGAAUACGCCUGUCUGUUGAUGGGUACAUAUAAAACUGCACUGGUGCAUUUUCUUAAAGAGAAUAAUUAAUAAAAAACAAUAAUUUUAAAAAUG